AUGGCGCAAUUUUUACCGCGCCAGAUUUUCCCUCAUUAUGGGUCGAUUCCGAGGUCAUACUUCCUGGGUCAUCACCGAGCAGGAUUGACCAAGAUGAAGAAUAUGCUCUCGUCUAUUGAUUAUGUCGUGGAAUGUCGAGACUACCGAGCACCGGUUACUUCAAUAAACCCCAUGUUUGAGGAAGCGCUAGGGAAAACCCGGCGAAUAAUUAUCUACACGAAGAGAGAUCUGGGUGCCGUUCCGCAAUCCCCAAUGCAAAGACAGAUAGAGACGAAAGUUCGAAACCUCGAUCGCAAUAGCACUGUGUUCUUCACCAGUUCUUCAUCUCGGGCAGACGUCAAUAAAAUUAUCAAACACCUCCGAGCCGAUGCCGCAGCACCCGAGAAGCUGACCGGAUGCCGUAUCAUGGUUGUUGGAAUGCCCAACGUAGGGAAAUCGACCCUGAUAAACCACUUGCGGAAUUCUGGCGUGGGAAAAGCAAAGGCCUUGAAAACAGGAGGUCAGCCGGGAAUUACGCGCAAAAUCGCAACCCCCGUCAAAAUUAUUGAGCGAGAGGGCGGGUCCCAUACCUAUGUCCUUGAUACACCUGGUGUCUUCAUGCCUUAUGUGCCAGAUGCGGAGAAUAUGCUCAAGCUAGCGCUUGUUGGGUGUGUCAAGGACACUGUCAUAUCACCUAUCACACUCGUGGACUAUCUAUUGUAUAAGGUCAAUUUGCAUGAUCCGCAGGCGUAUCAGCGUUGGUCUGAACCUACAAAUGAGGUUGUCCCGUUGCUGGAGAAGUUCGCGCGUCAUACUGGAUUGCUCAUGAAGGGUGGAAUACCCAAUGUGGACGGUGCGGCCUUGCUCUUCAUUCAAAAAUGGCGAUCAGGUGAUGUUGGGAGAUUUAUACUGGACGACCCAGACGCGGAAAAGCGGCGACGAGAAGAUCCUUUGCAGCAUGAACGGCUGAGUCUGACUCAAGCAUUGAAGUAUGAAAGGGUCAACCGAAAGAACAUGCCAGAGGCAGAAGAAUCUUCUGCUUAA